AUGUCGUUAACACCAUCUUCUAGCAUCCCGGGACAUCGCCGAACAUGGGACAAAACUGAAUUUGAGAUAAGGGCUCAAGAGCGUUUGGCAGCUGAAAAAGAAGCUUUUGAUAUUAAAAGAGGAGUAAUUAAACCGCCCAAGGGUCCUAAAUUGGAUCUUGAAUCAAAAGUUGGAAAACAAGUUGUUAUAAAUAAAACGACUCCCUCGGCCGAAAGUGGUGGAUAUUAUUGCAAUAUCUGUGAUUGUGUAGUUAAAGAUUCUCUUAACUUUUUGGAUCAUAUUAAUGGGAAAAAUCAUCAAAGAAAUUUGGGUUUUUCAAUGCGUGUUAAGAAAAGUACAGUUGAUGAAGUUCGUGAACGAUUGGCAUUAAAGAAGAUUGAAAAAGAAUCUAAAGGUCGCGAUAAUGAAGAAGAAAGGCAGAAUGAUUUAAAAGAGGAAGAAGCGAAACUUGCUGAUUUUAAACGUCAACAACGAGAACGGCAAAAAGAACAAAUUCGAAAAAGACCAGCUAAAAAUAAUGUGGAAGAAGUUUCUGCCGAUCCUGAACUUUUGAGUAUUAUGGGAAUUGGUAAUUUUAGCAGUAAACAACAACAAAAGAAGAAAAAAUGA